UCCGUGUAUGAAGAAGUAAAGGUGGCUGAGAGCUCAAAGCGGGUUUUCCCAUUCUCUGUAGAUUCCUUUACCGAAUAAUAUUAUCCUUUCAGAAUAAAUUUAAGAAUGACUGAUGGAAAGGCGUGUAAAGUGUGCAAUUUCACCCGGCAAAAAUCCUACGGAGUGUCUGCACCUUCUUUAGAUGACUUGAAGAAAAAAGGAUCCGAGUAUCUUGGCUUCAGCCCCGGUGACCCAGUCAAAGUGGUCCUGGAGAAUGACGGGACAAUAGUAGAAGAUCAAACCUACUUCUUGUGUUUGCCCUCAAAUACAAAGUUUAUGUUAUUGCAUGACAAGGAAACAUGGUCUCCAGCUCGCAAGAUCGAUGGUGGCACCGCUUGGAUGCAGAGGGAAUCGGUUAUGCUGGAGAUGGACACUGUUGACACCGGCAGUAGCUUAGCACCCUGGUUGGACCUGGCUCAGCAGCUAAAACAAGACCUCACCAGCAUCAUUCUUAUGUCGGAGGCCGAUUUACAGCUCUUGGUGGAUGCUCCUAGCACCGAACUAGCAGCAGCUCUGGGUUUUCAAGUGAAAAAGGCUGAGGACCUGCAGGAGACGUUGCAGAAUGUUUUGGAUCGUAGGGAGGAGGAGAGACAGUCCAAGGAGUUGCUCCAGCUCUACCUCCGAACUGUGGAGAAGGAGGACAAACAGCUGGAGGAAGCAAGUCAGUCCAGCACCGGCACGGGAGUUGCAGGUGAUGUGGACGUGCCCGACGGAUCUGAAGUGGAUUCUGCAUCUGGAUUCAUGUCCAGAACUCUGAUGGUCCUGAAAGGCAAAACAAGCCCAGAGACCAGACUGUCCACUGAAGAUCUGCAGAUGGUCGUGACCAGAGGGGUGGAUGCAAUGAAGCAGGUGCUCGGCUGGGACGAGGCGAGGACGUCCGCUCUGCUGCAGGCCUGCGAAGCCGAACUGUCCAGACGUCUCCAGCAGAUUCAGGCCAUGCAAUCCAUCAGCAACACGCAGCUGGAUGGCAGAAGGCAGUCCAGUGGAACGAGCACAGAGGACUCGGUGGAAAGACCAGCCACAGGCGGCACUUAAGCCGCGGCUUCACCUGCGUAGAGACUGAUAAGAAUUCACCUGCCUCAGGGUCAGUGGAAUGAGAGUCAUCCUGUGCUACUUUAUGUAUUUGGAAUGCAUGAAUGAGCCCGUUUGCGUAAUUUUAUAAAGUGACUUGCAAAUAAGACCACGACACUGACAACAGGCAGCCAGUUAGGUUGAUCAUGCGUGACAGUUUUACGGUAGUAUCUGUCACCUAAAACCUAUCAAACGUUCUCAUUUUUUAAUAAAAACAACCUUAUAGUUCUUUAGUUUUAUCUAAAAUAUAUUAAGGUAAGUCUCUGACUGAGGAAAAAGUCCACACAUUAGUCCAUUACAAUAUUUUAUGCAAACAAUUAAAAGGCUAAAAUUUGGAGUCACUCGAUGUUUCUCUGAAUGUGGCUUAGGUUUUUGUCAAACAGCAAAUGUGUUUUUCCGAGAUAUUGAUGGCCUGAUUAAAAUCAUGUUCAGAAUAGUGGUUUCAAAACAGCUGCUGGUUUCUUUUGUUCAAGUUAUACAAGGAAACCAUCUGGAAUGAUUAUUUAGCAGCAGCUUGCAGGACAAACAUCAGCAGACCUUUAAAAAGGGAAAACAAAAAGACUAACACAUUUUUCAAAUGAAAUAUAAUAAGAAUAAAUCUUAAUUAUCUUGUUAUGCUGAAAAUCAUGAGUGCAGAAACUAUCCCACUUAAAUUAUUAUCAACAAACUUGCAUUUUACUGAACAAAAUUGUAGAUAAAGGUAGAGAACCUUUUUCUAUAUCUAUUUUUCAGAUUCAUGUGCUGACUAAUGGAUUGGCCACCUGUCCCAGGUGUGCUUUGGUUUUCAUGCAGUGACUGUUAGGAUAACUGAUCACAUGGGGAUAACAGUCUGACUAAACGAGGAGUUCUCUAUAAGAUUAUGUGUCACCGUUAUGCAAAAGCAGAGGCCGCGUGAUGUAAGACAGUUUAAGCCCGUGUGAUUCAUGCACCACAGAGCAAAUCCUCUCAUUUCCUCCGUCUCAUGAACAGCAGACACGAUUAAUGCACACAAAGAUGGAAAAAUUCCACCUUGCAUAUUUAAGCAUCUCAGUGAGGUUUACGCGUCACCAGCUGCUUCUACUUCAAAACCAAUUCUUUAAUUGUACAGCAUUCUUAAUUGUUCAGUUUUUUUCAAAAGAUCUACCUUGUUGAAAAGAUUGACUAUUUUUGAGUUAUCAGUUACGGACAAAGAUUGUUUUUUCUUUAUAUGCUCUGAGAAAAGUAUUUAAAGCCAAUUUUAUGCUGUUAAAUAACUAUUUUAUACAUUAAAUGUUGCAGUCUUUAAUAAAAAAAAAAGUGGUGUUUAGUCUUUUACCAAUGCUA